UAGCCGCCGGUUCGCCCGUGGAUUACAUGAGCAUCACGAGCUUCCCGCGGCUGCCCGAGGAGGAGGCGGCGGGCGGCGCGGCCGAGGGCGGCCUCCGCGCGCGGAAGGAGGAGGACGCGUUCCUGGGCGACCAGGACACCGGCCGAUCUCUGCCUGUGGACCUCAGAAGCCUGAGGCCCGUGGUUGAACUGGUCCUGCAUGCCCCUUGGUUUGGCCUCGAUUUGCGCUGACCAACGGAUGACAUUCCCAUUGCCCAUUCUCAUGGAAUGGUUUGGGUUGGAAGGGACCUCAGAGCCCAUCCAGUAUCACUCCUCUGCCACGGACCGGGACAUCUCCUGCUGGAUCAGGGGCUCAAAGCCUCUCAUCCUGCGCCAUCCUCUGCUGUCAGGACAAAGCUGCCAUGUGCAGGUAUGCGGGAACAGCUCUUCGGAAAGCGCAAGGGCUCUUGUCAGGCACACGGAGCACGAGCAGAGAUUGGAGCGGUUUUGGCUGUGCCAGUGCCCUCCUGGGCAUGGGGCCUUGGUCUCUCCAGGCGCCUGCUACUGCUCUCCUGUCUAUGGAAACUCCCACUCACCGCAUGCAUGUUGCAGAAGCCUGCCAUAUCACGUUAUUUGCCAGACCACGGAGAGGGAACCCAAGCCUUUGGUUUCUACUACCCAGAAGAUCUCAUUAAGGGGAGGAAGAUCCUGUUGUGCUGUCGGUGCUGGGGACGGAGCCCCUGAAGGUUCCACAGAGCCUGUGAGUGGCUCUGAUUUCCGCUGUCCCCCCUGUAGCAGCUCCAGAGCUGAGGUUCCCCAAAGCCAUGGUUCCGCUCAAAAGCUGCAUCUCCUUCAUGGCCCCCGCAGAAGCCAGUCCUACCACAUUUCAGACCUGCUUGCAAGUCAGUGCUGCGUUCAGAACCCUUCCAAACACAGCAGGAACUGCGGGCCCAUCCCUGAAGACCGAUGAAUGGACUGAAAUGGAGCAACAUUCGGGGGUUUUUACCCCUCUUAGUCACCAGGGAAGUAAUUUUGGAAUAACUAGAGCUAAAGGAAGGGAUCAGUAAACUGAUCUAAAGCAGCAUCUGAGCCAGGAAGUCUCUUGAGAGCUGGAAUCAAUAGGGAAGGUAAUAGCCUUGCUGGAAGAGGCACAGUGUAAUGUUAGCGCUGGGUAAACACAGCAACAAAAGCCCUGUGUUGCUCAAUAACUAACACUUGUUUUCUCCCUGCUGCCCACAAAGAUCCAGACUCCUUCCUGAAGUCUGCGCGUCUCCAGCGCCUGCCCUCGUCCUCAUCGGAGAUGGGAAGCCAGGAUGUGUCCCCUCUUCGGGAGACCAGCAAGGACCCCUUUUCUGGAGACUGCAGCUGCCGGCAAGAUGGGCUGACCGUUAUCAUCACCGCCUGCCUGACCUUCGCCAUGGGUGUCACGGUGGCCCUCAUCAUGCAGAUCUACUUUGGGGACCCUCAGAUCUUCCACCGCGGCGCUGUGGUCACGGAUGCUGCCCGCUGCACAGCGCUGGGCAUAGAGGUGCUGAACAAGCAGGGCUCCUCGGUUGACGCGGCCAUCGCCUCGGCCCUCUGCGCGGGAAUCGUCAACCCCCACACGUCAGGGCUCGGCGGGGGUGGUGUGAUGCUGGUCCACGACAUCCGGAAGAACAAGAGCUGGGUGAUUGACUUCCGUGAGGUGGCUCCCCUGGGCAUUCCGCUGGAGGGGGACCUGCAGAAGGACACCAAGCCAGGUCUGCUCGUGGGGGUGCCAGGCACGAUACAAGGAAUGCACCAGGCGCACCAGUUGCACGGGAGACUCCCGUGGUCCCAGCUGCUGGGCCUUGUGGCAGGUGUCGCCCGGGAUGGGUUUAACGUCACACAUGACUUGGCCAAAGCCAUAAGCGAACUGAAGGACCUGAACUACUCUGACAAAUUCCGGGAGGUCUUCCUGCCGGACGGACAGCCCCUGCUGCCCGGCAUGUUCAUCAGGCGCCCGGACCUCAUGGCCGUGCUGGAGCUGCUGGGGGCGGAAGGGGUGUCAGCUUUCUACAGCGGAAACUUGACCCAGGAGAUCAUCUCUGAGGUCCACAGCUACGGAGGCGUCUUGGUGGAGGAGGACUUCAGCAAUUACAGUGCCACAGUGGAGGAUCCCGUCCACACAGUCUAUCGAGGGCAUCUUGUUUUCAGUCCCCCGCCGCCUCAUGCGGGUCCGGCGCUGAUCACAGCACUGAACAUUCUUGAGGGCUUUAACAUCACAAGUCAAGCGUCCAGAGGGAACAUCUUGCACUGGGUGGCCGAGACAUUAAGAAUAGCCCUGAGUCUCGCUAGCAACCUGGGGGACCCAUCUGAUGAUGUGUCUGUCACUCACGCUGCAGCAGACAUGGUGAGUAAAUCCGAAGCAAAUUCCCUGCGCCAGCUGAUUAAUGACUCCCAGUCCUUCUCAUCUGAUCUCCACAUGCCUCACUUCUCCGUGGAGAGCGGCCCUGCUGCUAGCCAGGUCCUGGUCAUGGGACCCGACGACUUCAUUGUUGCCGUUGUGAGCUCUUUGAAUCGUCCCUUUGGCAGUGGAAUAAUAACACCCUCUGGAGUGCUCCUCAACAGCCAGAUGUUGGACUUCUCCUGGCAAAAUAGAACAAUGAACCACUCCAUUCCCAGGCCGCAAAAUCUCCUCCAGCCUCGGAAACGGCCCCUGUCCUUCCUGCUGCCCACCAUCGUGAGGCCGUCCGAGGGGAUGUGCGGGACGUACCUGUGUCUGGGAGCCAACAACGGGGACAGAGCCUUGAGCAGCAUCGUUCAGGUUUUGGUGAACGUUUUGACACUCAACAAGAAUCUGAGUGAAAGUUUGGCACUUGGUCGGCUUCACCCGCAGCUUCAGUCCAACACCUUGCAGGUUGACAGUGAGUUUCCUGAAGAAGAGAUUGAAUUCCUCAUAGCCAAGGGCCAUCAAGUGGAAAAAGUCCAAGUGGUCUCCCUAGUUCACGGGGCCAGGAGAACCAACACUUUCAUCCUCGGCCUGAAGGACCCCAGGAGCCCGGAUGCUGCUGGAGCCACGAUAUUGUAGCACCUCCUGGGUGAUGUGUUCGCAGGACCAGGCGUAGAGAAAUCCCCCCGAGGGCCGUGCAUGUUCCGAAAUGGCCCCUUCUCCAUCCCCAGGGCGGGAGCCCUGCGUGCACACUGCUGAGUAGGUGUUCUGCACUCCCCACCCAGGACGACACGGGCGGAGGCAGCAGCACCGACACACAGCGCUCUGAGGGGUUUU